GGGCUGAGGCGACGCGGCCGCGCGUGCGCAGUGCGCGGGCGGGCCGUCGUGGGCGCCGCUGCCGGCCUCUGGGUGCCUGUAGGAACCGGGGCCGCGGCGGCGCGGGUGCUCCGGGCCGAGGCCGCGGGUAAUGUUCAAGCCCAGAAAUGCCUUAUGUGGAUCGUCAGAAUCGAAUCUGUGGUUUUCUAGACAUUGAAGAAAAUGAAAACAGUGGGAAAUUUCUUCGAAGGUACUUCAUACUGGAUACCAGAGAAGAUAGUUUUGUAUGGUACAUGGAUAAUCCACAGAACCUUCCUUCUGGAUCAUCACGUGUCGGAGCCAUUAAACUUACCUAUAUUUCAAAGGUUAGCGAUGCAACUAAGCUAAGGCCAAAGGCUGAGUUCUGUUUUGUUAUGAAUGCAGGAAUGAGGAAAUAUUUCCUACAAGCCAAUGAUCAGCAAGAUCUAGUAGAAUGGGUAAAUGUGUUGAACAAAGCUAUAAAAAUCACAGUACCAAAGCAAUCAGACUCACAGCCUAAUUCAGAUAAUCCAAGUCGCCAGGGUGAAUGUGGGAAGAAGCAAGUGUCUUACAGAACUGACAUUGUUGGUGGUGUACCCAUCAUUACUCCAACUCAGAAAGAAGAAGUAAAUGAAUGUGGCGAGAGUGUUGACAGAAAUAAUUUGAAACGAUCACAAAGCCAUCUUCCUUGCUUUACUCCAAAACCACCUCCUGAUAGUGCCGUUAUCAAAGCUGGAUAUUGUGUAAAACAAGGAGCAGUGAUGAAAAACUGGAAGAGAAGAUAUUUUCAAUUGGAUGAAAACACAAUAGGCUACUUUAAAUCUGAACUGGAAAAGGAACCUCUCCGAGUAAUACCACUUAAAGAGGUUCAUAAAGUUCAAGAGUGUAAGCAAAGUGAUAUAAUGAUGAGGGACAACCUGUUUGAAAUUGUAACAACGUCUCGAACUUUCUACGUACAGGCUGAUAGCCCUGAAGAGAUGCACAGUUGGAUUAAAGCAGUCUCUGGCGCCAUUGUAGCACAGCGGGGACCUGGCAGAUCAGCAUCUUCUGAGCAUUCCCACAGUCCUUCAGAGUCCAAACACACUGUCCGUCCUGCCGGUGCCGCAGCAGCAGCCACCUCACAUUCCACAGCCUCUCGCAGCAACUCUCUGGUCUCAAGCUUUACCAUGGAGAAGCGAGGAUUUUACGAAUCUCUUGCCAAGGUCAGGCCAGGGAACUUCAAGGUCCAGACUGUCUCUACAAGAGAACCAGCUUCCAAAGUGACUGAACAAGCUCUGCUAAAACCUCAAAGUAAAAAUGGCCCUCAGGAAAAAGAUGGUGACCCCGUGGACUUGGAUGAUGCAAGCCUUCCAGUCAGCGAUGUGUAAGAUGGAAGCAUGCAGGGCCUACCACCAUCCAUCCUCAGUGUCCUUCAUGAGGCUUCUAGCCAAAGAUGAUAAAGGGGGAA